GUUGUCCUCGCCUGGGAGCUGGUGCUGCCAAACCCUCACCAGGAUGCCAACCUACCUCCACCAGCGCCUCCCUCCAGCCUACCAGGACCCCGUCCCCAUCAAGUGCCCUCCACUCUACCCUGCCAGGCAGACAGCAGUGCCCCCCUGGCACUCGACACUCUGCAUCCCACAGACUGUGACCCCUUGUGUCCCCUGGCAGCAGCUGGUACCUUCCAGCCUGUCCCAGCAGUGUUGUGUGACCCGCUGUGGCCCCCAGCAGCAGCUCUCCACCAAGUGUGUGCCCCAGGGCAUCCUGCAGCAGCCCUCUGUGCCCCGCUGCAUCACCACCUGCGUGCCCCAGCAGCACGGUGCCACCACGGGGGUGUCACAGGAGCCUGGUGUGACCAAGUGCGUGCCCCAGCAGCAGUGUGCCACCAAGGGUGUGCCACAGCAGCGCCCACAGUGCGUGCCCCCCUGUCCCCUCCAGCAGCACUGUGGCACCAGGUGUGUGACCACCUGCGUGCCGCAGCAGCCCUACCCCACCAAGGGCAUCCCACAGCACCAAGGUGCCACCAAGUGCGUGCCACAGCAGUGUGUGACCACCUACGGCCCACGGCAGUGUGCCCCCCGGUGUGUCACCACCUGCGUGCCCCAGCAGCUCGCCACCGCCUCUGUCUGCUACAAGUCCCUGAGCUCUGGCGCCCCCCAGCGGCUCUGUGCCAGCGCCUGUGCCCCGCAGCAGUGUGCCAGCCGCUGUGUGACCAAGUGUGUGCCUCAGCAGUGUGCCACCACCUGUGUGCCACAGCAGAAGUGUGCCACUAAGUGUCUGCCACAGCAGUGUGUGACCAAGUGUGCCCCUCAACAGAUGUGUGCCACCCAGUGCGUGCCACAGCAGCAAUGUGCCACCAAGUGUGUGCCCCAACAGCAAUGUGUCACCAAGUGUGCCCCUCAACAGAUGUGUGCCACCCAGUGCGUGCCACAGCAGCAAUGUGCCACCAAGUGUGUGCCCCAACAGCAAUGUGCCACCAAGUGUGUGCCACAGCAGUGUGUGACCAAGUGUGUCCCUCAACAGAUGUGUGCCACCAAGUGUGUGCCCCAACAGCAAUGUGCCACCAAGUGUGUGCCACAGCAGCAAUGUGCCACCAAGUGUGUCCCUCAACAGAUGUGUGCCACCCAGUGCGUGCCACAGCAGCAAUGUGCCACCAAGUGUGUGCCCCAACAGCAAUGUGCCACCAAGUGUGUGCCACAACAGUGUGUGACCAAGUGUGUCCCUCAACAGAUGUGUGCCACCAAGUGUGUGCCACAGCAGCAAUGUGCCACCAAGUGUGUGCCACAGCAGUGUGUGACCAAAGCAGGCAGAGCAGCUGCUGAUGUCCUGCUGGAGAAGCAUCCUCCGGUGGAUGCUGCCCUCGGCCCCGGCGUGCGCAGCUCCGGCGCCUGCAGCGGCUCCUCCGUGCUGGACUGA